AGACAUGGAAUUUCAGCAACAAUACAAAAGAUUUUAAGGGAUAAAGAUUUUAGUAUGAAUCCAUCACAAUGAGUUAAAAGUGAUGCUCAUUAACACUGAUAUAAACAACCUUUUAACACAGGUUACUCAAAGUGAUGACAAGUGGAGCCCGUCACACAGUGGAACAUGUAGGCCAAUACGAGUAUGACAAGACAAACAUACUGGGCCACGGUGCUUUUGCCGUUGUCUACCGGGGCAUCAACUGUGUGACACCUACCCAGAAUGUGGCAGUGAAAUGCAUCAGUAAAAAACAGAAGUCCAGCAAACUAAUUAGCGCUGAGGAGAUCAACAUUCUAAAGGAGGUGACCCAUGAUAACAUUGUACAGCUGUACGACUUCAAGGAGACGGACAAGUCGCUGAUAAUGGUUAUGGAGUUCUGUAACGGGGGAGACUUGGCAGAAUACCUCAGAGAUAAAGGCACUCUGUCUGAGCUGACCCUCUCUCUCUUCAUUAGACAACUUGGUGAUGCUAUGCUGGCUAUCCACAAGAUGGGUGUGAUGCACAGGGAUCUGAAACCAGGGAACAUUCUUCUAACUCACUCCUCUUCUCUCAGCCUCAUCCAGCCUCGUGACAUCAAGUUGAAGAUAGCAGACUUUGGAUUCGCCCGUUUUCUGAACGAUGAGGAUAUGGCAGCAACUCUCUGUGGUAGCCCAAUAUACAUGGCCCCGGAGGUGCUAAUGGGGUUGCAGUACGACGGAAGGGUUGACUUGUGGAGUUUGGGAACUAUAAUUUACCAGUGUUUGACCGGUAAAGCUCCCUUUAAAGCUAACAACCCUUACUCGCUCCGUAACUUCUACGAGAAGUCUCCUGAACUUGUCCCAGCGAUUCCUAAACAGACUUCUCCGUCACUCACCGAUCUCAUACUCUCGCUCCUUCAAAAGGAUCCCAGCAAAAGGCUAACUUUCGAGGACCUCGUGAAGCACAGAUUCCUGGACCCCGGUCAGCCAAGUAAUGUUAUUCCGGUUUCCAGCCGGAGCCCCAGGGCGUCCCCCAGCUCCUCGCCCUCCCACCCCACCUCCCGUAGUCCUAACAGUAUCUCCUCUAAUAAACUUGCCUCCAUGCAGAGGAUGAGACGUAACACGACCCCACCCAGACCAGCUGUUGAGAUACCUAUCAGAACGCCUCAUACUGUUCCAGGGGUAUCUGAAGACGUGUUUGGAUCACCAGAUGUAGACAGCGAAGGUUUCAUCUUAGUAAACACUCAGACUAAAACAACUCCCUCCAAACUAAAAUCAAUAGAAUCCUCCUUCAUGCAAAAAUCGCAAGCAAUCUCAUCCUCAGUGAAAACUACGGCCAUGGCCACCCCAAUCAAACACACCUACUCACAAGAACACCUAGCAGACAUUUCACCCUCGCCUCGCAGCAGGCAGUCUCCCAUCGCUCAGAAACUGGAAGAAGACAAAAUCCUGGAAACUCCUCAUUAUAAUAUGAGAGACGCUCCUCGCAGGUUGUCCUCAGGAAGCAGGAAUAUUUCUGCCCCUAACUUCUUCCAGAAGAAAGCCAUGUCAGUGGACGGCCACAAGAGACACAGGUCCACCUCAGAGUCCACUCGUAACUCGACCCCGCCCAGGAUGGAGCUUGUUUCCCGGUCAGUGCGACAGAGCCCCACUCGCAGACCCUUCUCAACUAACUUUGAGGACUCGUUCUACCAGCCCAGACCUCUGUCUGCCAGUAGGGUUAGCUCCGGGCAGAGUGCUCCAGCCUACUUCUUCCUAGGGGGAUCUCCUUAUAACAGUCCCCCGUCACUGCGCGAGAACUCUCCUCUUCAGCUCACUAUGGGCGAAACCAGCCCGCCCUUCUCACAGCCCUUCGAAACACCCCCUGAACUUUCAGAAACUACUAUAAUGGACGAGCACCAGCGAGAAAUGCUGGACGAUUUCCAAGCGACGUUACAGUACACUCAAGCUAUCAGAGAGGCUGCCAACUUACUCGACAAACCCUUCUCACCUACAGACUUCAAGGACAAAAUAAAGUUACAGCAGAAGUUGAUAUUAUGCGAAAAGUCUGAAACUAUGCUUUCGGCUAAUAUACACCAAGCAAAGCAACAACUAUUCGCAAAGACGAUUUCUCCUUCCAAAACUUUCAAAGAGACCUUGUACUCCGUAUACGGCGAGUUCUGUGCGGUCCACACCAUGAAGUGCUGUUUGGAGAAGGAGAUAUCUGCCCUGCCUCCAAACACUGAGGAAAACCCACACUGUCCUGAGGAGAUAUUACUCUCAUUCGCCUUCGAACAGAUAAGAUCAGGAAUACUAGACGAAACGUACGGUCACGUGGGUGAGUGUGUAAAGAGGUACCGACUGAGUCUAGCAAUUAUUCUGGGCCUCCUGUCCGAGGUAAAGUCGGAGAAUGACAGGCACAUCCUGUUGAAGUACGAGAACGGUCUUCAGAUAAGGAUAGAGAACCUCCACGGGAGGAGACGGUUACCUAACAGCACUUAAAGAGGAGCAGAGCAAGCUUCAGAAGCCGAGUAAUUGAAGGACUUAUGAUUGAUAAAAGGAUGCGUGUCUGAUGGAUCAUUGGAGAUUUUAAAGGACCUUGUUUGGGCUGAUAGUGGGGGUUAGAAAAGAAACCUUGGAUUAUUCGCCCUAUUCGAUUGUUACGAGUAUAAUGUUGUGUCCUGUAAUUGUGAUACUUGCAUGCUGUCUCAUUACUUUGACUUCAGGAUCUAGCCCUGAGUUAUAGAACUUGUUCAACUGUUGAGUGUUGAAUGGUAGGAAUAAGUCCCCACAACAGGCGAAUGCGAAUGAUAGGUGCCAAGUGACGGCACAAAAUUCUCGUCAAGGACAAACGUGAUACAUUGCCUUGCGAACACUAAAAACGAUAUAAAAACAUGAUCUAAAUUUUACGUUUUAUAGAAUUGGAAAAUUGUAAAAAAAAGCUAUAUAUUGUAAUGUAUAAUGGCAAGUAUUCUUAUUGAAAAAUGAGAAAAAGGAAUGUUAUUAUUUUAUAUUAAAACCAGUAGUAUUACUAUUAUAACUUAAAGCCAUGCUAUACGGAGGGCGUUGCAAUGUUACAUCCUAAUAACAGUUUUAAAGUGCUACCACCUAUUGUUGGGACACAGUCGUUGCGUAAGUAAGCUUUACUAUAGUACAUCAGCUCAGAUGCUUUAAACUAGAAUUUUAAAAGCACACUUACGCUUUGCCACGCGGUUGUGACACGUGACGAUUGCGCGGCUCAAUAAUGGGUUGUGACACGUGACGAUUGCGCGGCUCAAUAAUGGGUUGUAACACCGUGAUGUCUUGAUAUAAUGUUUUGAUGGUAUGUAAUUGAUAUUUAUUAUUAACGUUGAUGUAACUCUUCAUUUCUUGCAGCUUAAUAACUUUAAUUAGGAAAAUUAGUCGGGGAUUUUAGGCCUGAAAUGUAGGAUUAAGGAGGAGGAGAUUGGUUUUUUUAGUUUUAUGGAAGAUUUCUUACUCGUAAUGAGACAUAGUUAAUUAAUUAAUUAAUCAAUUAGUGAUCAUGUCAGGUGGGAUACUUAUUCCUGUUAACUAAUGCUAAUUUAGCGUGUGCCGGGAUUUGAUUGAUUUUAUUAACGCUUAUAAAUGUUCGUGUGAUGUGUGCCCAUAA